AUGGAUGAUCCAUUCAUCACCAUCAAGUUUGAUGUUAGCUGCUUUAAAAAGCCCACGAAGGAGGACAUUGACCAGCUCAGCAAGGUCGUGCCGAUCAGCGACGAGCUCAAGACGGAGCUUGGCAACGUGUUUUGGCCGACUCCCGAGUACAUCAAGUCUCUCCCGCCGCGUGACGAGUACCUGGACCUUUGCUGGAUCGACAAAAUGCUUGAAUGCCGUGGAUCCGACAAGGAUAUUUUUGGAGCCCUAGACUAUCGUGUCGAGAUUCGUCCUUGGGAUGAGGACGAAGACGAGGACGAGGAUGAUGGCAGUGAUGACGAUGACGUUGACCACGACGUCAAGAGCACCAAGCGUGCGGUGGACGACGAUGACGAGUACGACGAAGAGGAUGAAGAGGAUGAACGUCCUAACUAUGUCUUUAUCUAUGACCCGCCUAAGCGUAGCGAUGGGUAG